UCAACAUUCCUGAGCAUGUCUCUCUGCAAUUCCAAAUUCCAAUGGCGGAGGAAGCGAGACAUGCUGACAGUGCUGUAGAACCGUGCUCUUUCAAGCUUCUGGUAUCGUGUCCCUCUGGUCUUUCGUCCCCGCAGGUUUCUGUGGUGUUCAGUGGUGCCUACGAUCGGAUUCCCCACCCUGAUGUUAAUUUGGAGAACACAAUCACUGAGAUAUGGGAGCAGAGAAAUCAGAAAAACAAGUCACUGUACAAUGGGAAGAAGUUCAGGUAUGGGGGAUUUAUGUUGCGAGGGGGAGGUGGAUCUGACCACGAGCCUCAUGUAUGCCUCCACCUUGGUUUGACCGAUUAUAGGACUUUUGUUGGGACAAAUUUAAGUCAUUUGUGGGAGCGGUUCCUGGUUCCAUCAGAAGACGAUUCUAUUCUUUGUCAGCAUACUGCCAGUCCACUGGGAAACGGUGCAAUUGUGGAGACUAUUGACAAGAAGAUACUUGUAUUACAACGAAGUAAUAAUGUUGGUGAAUUUCCCGGACAUUUUGUUUUCCCGGGAGGGCAUCCAGAGCCUCAUGAAAUUGGAAUAGCAUCCCAUCAACACUGUAAGGAGUUAACAGAGUCUGGUAACAAUAAGGUUUCCCAUGAGAUGUUUGACAGCACAGUUCGAGAAGUAGUUGAAGAAAUUGGGGUGCCAGCCUCGUCCCUUAGCAUUCCAGUUUUCAUUGGUGUAUCACGGAGAGAAUUGAAUGUGAGACCAGCUGCAUUUUUCUAUAUCAAAUGCAGUCUCGAUUCCAAGGAAGUUCAGCAGUUUUAUUCUGGUGCUCAAGAUGGCUACGAGUCAACUCAGCUAUAUGCUGUCACAGUGGUGCACUGCUGUCAAUUAAGAGCAUCAGUGAUGGUUAAUUAAUUUUAACUCGUUUGUGCCUUGAAACUACUCAUCAGUUCUGUAUUUCUCAGAUUGACUUAGAAAACAUGACUUCCAAGAUGCCUGGCUGUCAUCGAGGUGGAUUAGCCCUAUAUAAAUUGAUGGUUGGCAACAACCUGAAGAAUGCUUGAUGGAAGUUUACCAGGGGUUCUAGUUGUCAGCCUUUGAUGUUAUGCUGCUUGUUGUCCUGUGUGAUUCACGAAUUGGCAUAUUACUAUUGGAUAGUUUUUCUAUCUCGGUAACUUACUCUGGCUGUUUAUUGCUCUUCUGUUCAGCAUGCAAAAACUGACAUAUCUUGGUAGCUUGCUUGUCUAUAUAUGAUUCUUCACUUGCUUGUAUACUACAUACGAUCUCGGAUUUA